AUGGAUGAUUCUCGAUUUUCAAAUGGGCCAAAGGCUCAGAAUCCCACUGCACUAAGGUUGGGAGAAGUUCUUUCAGCCUGGCUUCCCGACACACCACAAGGGCGAUACGAUCAGUAUUUGCAAACACUGUCUCCGGCUUAUGAUCACUUGUUGACAUAUUCACGAUAUGACCGCAUCUGGCGUCUUUCUGAACAUAGCCCUCAUAGACUGGGCUAUAAUUCUCAGAUUGCUCUUCUAUCGUCCCCGGUGUUCGUAAUGGAUAUAGGCGACAACGAUCGAGUUACGGAUCAUCUACCGAUCUCCAUUCAGAGGAUCGCCCUCGCCCCCCGCCCCCGCCCCCGAAUUAUCUGCGCACAACAUAUCACCUGCUUAAGCAUGGAGGCGUUAGGCAGUGGGCUUUCUUUGGACCCUAAUGUCUUCAGCCACCAUAUCGGGAUAUCGUUUAAAGAUAUCGAAAAUAGCACGGGUAUUUAUAAGCUUUGCAACACAAAGAUCGAACAUAUCCCUUCAUCUGUCGGCGCCUUUGAGUAUGAGAAAAACCUCCAGAUCCUCAAAGGGCACCUAGGGCGACUUUCUAUCGCCAAUGUGGAGCAUGCAAAAGACCUGAUAAUCCGGGAUUCAAUUGAUAAAUCUAUUUACAAUCUUCAGGGUCAAUCUAUCACAUUUUCUGUGGAUGUGCCACGGACGAUAUAUGUGCAAGGAUAUCAAUCCGAGGGUGACAGAACACAGCCUACUGGGAGAGGUCUACGUGCAAGAGUUUUGGCGCUACAGGACCGAGUGUUGAAUCGUCGCAUUGCUCGGAAGCGAUUUGUGGACGAUAGCAUGUUCUGCGACCAAGGGGAACGAUAUUCACAAAAUGGCCUAGACAUUCUGCAGCGCAUUACCAUCCAUGUCACAAAUGACACUCACAAUCCCGAAUGUCAACAAGUGUUGAUUUUAUUUCCACCUUGUCCGGAAUUUGAUGGAGACGGCGCAGACAACGAUCCUCAUGUCUUUCUCGAUCCUCUGACAAAGCAGGAAAACAUUAAAUCAUUCAAGGAAUUCUGUCUAAAUCGGGACCAAGAGGACCAUGGAUCCACUAAAGCACCUACUGCGUCUCGACGGACUAUGUCUCAAGAUGUUGAAAACUUCGCCAAGGAUAUGCUCCUUGAGAAUGAAGCCAGUGCCCCUAGAAAACCAGCAGCGGUUGUCCAUCUUAUACGGUUGUACGCUCUAAAUGCGUGGUUUGACCGCCUGCAGACAUUGAAAGACCAGCUUGGAGAUCUCAGUCUACAAAGUUUAUCCCAUCGGGGCAUACAGCACAACGAAGAUCCUGAAGAUCUAGACGAGGAAAAUCUUGUAGUUGAUGGGCCGAUUAACGAAGAUGGGAUGAAAAGUGCCAUUCUUAGCUACAUCUCAUCACUGGACAUUGAAUGCCAACGAUUGAGACUUGAUUUGCGUGCGGCAAAAAUAGGAUCACCCACAAACGGUUUCGACAGUGUUCGAACAUUAAAUCAGACGAUGGAGAAGUAUACUCACAUACGAUCUCAGAUGAGCAAUCUUCUCCUUGAAACCCAGCAUUUAAUCGACGUGAAGAACAGCAAGAUACAACAAGCUUUAACAACUCGACAAAUCAAAGAAAACAGAGAGUUCAUCGAACAGGCAGCAACAGUAAAGAGGUAUGAUAUCAGGCUACCUUACUAG